AUGAAACGGUGGUUUAAAAAUAUUGGCGGUGCAAGAGAAUAUUCGGAAGGAUCACUUACAUGUAAAGUAGAGGGCUGGGAAUUUGGAGGCAAACGAGCAGACGCAUCACCUGAUGGUAAGCGAUCGGCGCCGCCCAUGGCCACCUGCAACACCAGAGGAGUCACAGGGACAGAUAAGUUCAACAAAGGCACUCUAUACAAUAUCGCGUUCCUGGAGAGUCAGCGGUUCGGUUCCUGGGACUGCCUCAUAUUCCAUAACGUAGACCUGAUCCCUGAAGACGAGAGGAUAUCCUACUCCUGUUAUGACCAUCCAACACAUUUGGCUGCUGCUGUAGAAUCAUUUAAUUAUAGAUUGCCGUACCCGAAUAUCUUUAGUGGAGUAACUGCACUCACUCCAAACCAGUUUAGAAAAGUCAACGGCUAUUCUAAUUUCUAUUGGAACUGGGGCGGAGAAGAUGAUGAUUUCUAUUACAGGCUAGAGAGCCAUAACAUUACCAUAUUUAGACACAACAGCUUCUACGCCCGGUAUGCUGUACUGCCUCACAAACUCAAUAAAGGGGGGCCAGAGAGAAACGCCUCACCUGGACAGCCCCUGGCCUCAAGUGUUGUAUUCACAGCAGUGGAGUACAACGACCAUAUUCUUGUGUUCUUCUCCAAAGUUACUCGCAAACAGAAUAGAUGCAUCUGCGCUCAUGAUAAAGGAUUCAAGUUACUGAACGCAACUGGAUCCAAAAUGCAUCAGGUUGAAGAAAGUCCUACCAUCGCAGUCCUUAAACUGGGUGGUUAUUAUGCGCCGGCGCACUGUCGGGCUACUCACCGAGUGGCAGUUGUAAUUGCAGUACCGACAACGCUCUGCAUAGGCAGUCGUUUAGUUCUGCUUCAUAAUCUUCACGCUCUGCUGCAAAAACAACAUUUGGAAUACAGAAUAUUUCUCAUUCCUCGUUUCCUUGGAGAUCCCAAAGGCACUCUAUACAACGCUGCGUUCCUGGAGAGCCAGCGGUUUGGUUCCUGGGACUGCCUAAUCUUCCACGACGUAGACCUGAUCCCUGAUGACGAGAGGAUAUCCUACUCUUGCCCAGAACAACCGACACAAAUUAUUACUUGGGGUAACAGGUCUAUCGGGAUAGUGACAGCAAUAACACCAGAUCAGUAUCAAGCUGUCAACGGAUUCUCCAACAUGUAUGUCGACUCAGAUUUAGCUGACUACGAUUUUUCUGGCAGGCUUAAAGCGAUGAAUUACGCUAUAGCCAAACGUAACGAUUCCAUGGCUCGGUUUAGGAUAAUGGCCAAUGUUACUAACCAUCUCGAUAGUAAACGGGCUUCGCUUGUCACAAUGAACAGAUUGCUUUUACCAAAGGAAGGUCUCUCCACGACGAAAUACAAUCUGAUCAGGAUCGACCAAGACAAAUUAUUUACGUACAUACUGGCGUUCAGCGUUAACGAUAUCCUACUACAAUACGAUGCCUUGAAAGAAUAA